AUGACGUCGGCAGCCAGCAGGCGAGUCCCUGCUGCCUCCGGUCCGCCAGGCUCGGGUGCGUCUGGAGCGACUCUGUUCGACGGCUACGAGGCCGACUCACCGGCUGCCUCGCCGCGGCUGGGCAUGACGACGGGUAGCAGUGGCGGAGGUGGCGGCGGCGGCAGCGGGCAUGCCAUGGCUCCUUCCCAUUCUCCGCAUGCCUUUGCUCCCGAUGCGGACAUUGGCCAUGGAUUCCCGAGCCAGCACUCGGCUCAGCCGAGCAACAGCCUCGCCGAUCUCGGCCUCGGUGGCGAUGAUGUCGGUGUUGGUGCUGGUGCUGGUGCUGGCGAUGACUAUGGCAAUGGCUAUGGCAAUGGCUAUGGCGGUGGCUACGGCAAGGCCAAUGGCUACGGCGAAGACUACGGUGGCCACGGCAUGGCGCCGUCGCCGCUGGCCCACUCGGCCUUUAGCGGAGGCCGGCGGCUGCGGUCGGCUGCCGGCGACGAUGCGUUCAUGCCGCUGGCGGUUCGGAUCGGCCUCGGUGUGGCGGCAGCUGUAGAGGUGCUGGCUCUGCUCGGCUGCCCGUGGGACGUGUUCUUCUACGUCACGGUGGCGCUGGCGGCAACGGCCGGCGGACUUUUGUUUGUGCUCCUCCUCACCCGCGACAUUCUCUCCAAAUCACGCGGCUCUGCGGCCAUGCAGGUCAUUGCCGACGCCAUCCAGGAGGGUGCCGAGGGCUUUCUCACCACGCAGUAUCGUGCUAUUGCCAAGAUGGCGGUGGUGACUGCAGUCGUGCUUGUGGCCAUCUACGCGCUGCGGUCCAAGCCGGUGCUGGACCCGCGCGAGGCGCGGCCGACGUCGAUGGCGUCGCUGGAGGUCUCUACCGCCGGCCUCGCCUUUGUGACUGCAUUCUCGUUUGUGGUCGGUGCGGCGUGCUCUGCGCUGGCGGGCUACAUCGGAGUCUGGGUCUCGGUCCGGGCGAACCUACGGGUGGCGUCUGCUGCCGGCGACAUGGACUUUAGCUCGGCGCUGCUGCUCUCGUUCCGCGGCGGCGCUGUGUCGGCCAUGCUCUCUGCCGCGUUGUGCGUCCUCGGCCUCACCACUCUCUUUGUGGCCUACUUUGUGUUCUUUGGCAUGACCGCCGGAAUCAACGUGGCGCAAGUCCCGUUCCUGCUCGUCGGCUACGGCUUUGGUGCCUCGUUUGUGGCGCUCUUCAUGCAGCUCGGCGGCGGGAUCUACACCAAGGCCGCCGACGUCGGUGCCGACCUGGUGGGCAAGGUCGAGUCGGGUAUUCCCGAGGAUGACCCGCGGAACCCUGCCGUGAUUGCGGAUCUUGUCGGUGACAACGUCGGUGACUGUGCAGGCGCCAUGGCGGACGUUUUUGAGUCGAUUGCGGCCGAAGUCAUCGGAACAAUGCUCCUCGGCGGUGUGCUUGCCGACGACGGCGGGCUUGCCGACUCGGCGCCGUUUAUUUUCUUUGCACUGGUCAUCCACGCCUUUGACAUGGUGGUCUCGGGCGUGGGUGUUUACAUGGUGCGCGCGUCGCGCGACGCCAACGCGUCGCCGCUGGCGGCGCUCAAGCGUGGCUACAUGAUCACGACACCGCUGGCGCUUGUUGGCUACGUCCUCGUCACGCGGCUGAUGCUGUACACGCCGCAGGCGCCGAGCGCCUGGAUGCACUUUGCCGGAUGCGGCGUCAUUGGCAUCGCUAUGGCCAACGCGCUCAUCCUCACCACCCAGUACUAUACUGACUAUGGGUACGGGCCUGUGCGGUCGAUCGCGGCAGCGUCGACAACCGGCCACGGAACCAACGUCAUUGCCGGCAUCGCCGUCGGCUUUGAAUCGACGGGCUUGCCGACGGUGGUCAUCUCGCUCUCGCUGCUGACGUGCUACGUUCUCGGGCACACCUCGGGCAUCGACUCGCGCAACGCCGGCCUGUUUGGUACGGCGUGCGGGACGAUGGGCAUGCUCUGCACCGCCGUCUACGUCCUCGCCAUGAACAACAUGGGCGCGAUCUCUGACAAUGCCGGUGGCAUUGUGGAGAUGUCCAACGCGCCGGCGGAGAUCCGCGCCAUCACCGACUCGCUCGACGCCGUUGGCAACGUGACCAAGGCGGCGACCAAGGGCUACGCCGUCGGCGGCUCGGCCCUCGCCACCUUUGUCCUCUUCCGCGCCUUUCUCGACGAGGUCGGCGAGUACCGCGGCGUGCCGUUUGAGACGGUCAACAUUGCAUCGGUCGAGGUGCUCGUUGGCGGCCUGCUCGGCAUCAUGACUGUCUUUGUAUUCUCGGCGUGGGCCAUCAAGGCCGUCGGCGACACCGCGCAGGAGGUCAUCAUCGAGGUCCGCCGCCAGUUCAAGGCCGACCCGGGCAUCAUGGCCGGGACGAGCAAGCCUGACUACGGCGGAUGCGUGGCAAUUGUUACCCAGGCGGCGCUGGUCUCCAUGCGAAAGCCUGCCCUAUUUGCCCUUGGCAUGCCUGUUGCCGUCGCGCUCUUCUUCCGCACCUUUGCCGCCAUCACCGGCUUCCCCAACCUCGCCGCCGAGGUCCUCGCCUCCUUCCUUGUCUUUUCCGCCCUCGCCGGCCUCCUCACCGCCACUUUCUUCGACAACGCUGGCGGUGCGUGGGACAACGCCAAGAAGUGGAUUGAGGCCGGUGCCCACGGCGGGUCGGGCUCGGACGCCCACGCCGCCGCCGUUACCGGCGACACUGUCGGCGAUCCGUUCAAGGACACCGCCGGUCCGGCCCUGCAUGUCAUCAUCACCACCACGUCAACGCUUGCCCUGGUCCUCGGCCCCCUCAUCCUCCAGUGA